CAGGUCUCGGGCCCCCAGGCAUCAAGUCAUUUGGCUCGACAGCGGCACCGAGCGUCACCUGGCAAGGCAGUGGGCUCCGAGUCAACUGGCAUGACCGCGGGCACUGGGGCAGACAUUGAAUCGUCUGGCUGGACAGCGGGCAUCGGGUCACCAGGCAUCAGGUCAUUUGGCUCGACAGCGGGCACCGCGUCAUCUGGCAAGGCAGUGGGCACCGGGUCAUCAGGUACCGGAUUGUCUGGCUCGACAGCGGGCAUCGGGUCACCAGGUAUGACAGCGGGCACUGGGUCACCAGGCAUCAGGUCAUUUGGCUCGACAGCGGGCACCGCGUCAUCUGGCAAGGCAGUGGGCUCCGAGUCAACUGGUAUGACGCGGGCACUGGGUCAUUUGGCCCGACAGCGGGCACCGCGUCAUCUGGCAAGGCAGUGGGCACCGGGUCACCAGGCAUUGGAUCGUCUGGCUCGACAGCGGGCAUCGGGUCACCAGGCAUCAGGUCAUUUGGCUCGCCAGCGGGCACCACGUCAUCUGGCAAGGCAGUGGGCACCGAGUCACCAGGUA